AAAAGAAAAAAUAAAAAUGAAAAUUCCCCAAAAGCGGGAGAGUGGACAACUGAACUGACCUUAGAUUCCGUCCAAUCGUGGCCGUUGAUCUUUUUUUACUGCGUCGGAUCUCUGCUGUUCGUUCACGGCAGUUGCUCUCCGCGGGGCUCCGCCGUCCAGUCUCCGAUCCCGGGGCAUCCGGUGAGUUCGAGUUUCUCGGUUCUCCGACUUCGGCCGUGGCCCGAUCCUUCAUCUCUGAUUUUUCAAGAAACCAACUUUGAGAUUUCUAUGUGAAUCGUGAACAUUUUUUCAACUUUAGCUAGUAAUUUCCUCACAAUCUGUGCAUGCGCGCGCGCGUUUUUUCUCUGCAAAAUUCGGUCCUUUUCAACUAUCUUUUAUUGAUAUUUGUAAUGUUCUUUUGUCGUAUUUAAAUUUUUCAUUUUUUCGUUUUGAUAUGUAGUUAGUUUUCUAUCUAGAAAUGAAUUAAACAUAUUUUCAAUGGGUUUUCGGACCCAUUUUUUUCCAUAUUUUGACGGGAAAAUAAUGAAUCUUCAUAAAGCAAAGUGUAAGUGAUGAUCAAGAAUGCUUGAGAAAUUUUUAGGAAUGAAAGUUGGUAUUUGUCAGCUCUUUCAGAAGGCUAAAGGGGCGAGGAAUCUCAUUGGAUUUCGAAUUGAAACUUUAUCAGAUGGUUCUCCGAUGUAGCAAUUUUUCUUUGUUUUGAACCCUGCAUCGCAUCAAUGAAUAGCUGUUCCAAUGUGAGAAUCAGAGGCGCAUUUUGCAGUUGACUGGUUUAAUUAUGAUCGCUUACUAUACAACAUUUUCGCUCCAAUUGCCAGCAUUUGAAUUAGGCAUCUGCCUGAGAGAAAAGCUCUCUGCUGCCACGGCCUCUGCUGCUGGCGUUAAACAGUUCACCUCUUCCUUUCACGUCUCCUGAUCUGGGCCUCAUACGCACAUCCUAUACAUAAUACUGAUGGCAGCUGCAACCUUUAGAGGACCUCUUGGUGGCGAGUGUGGUGGUAAUGAUAGAGUGGAAAGAAAACCUUCUGGGAGGCGACGUGUAUUUGUACAAACAGAAUCUGGCUGUGUUUUGGGUAUGGAGUUGGACCGGUGUGACAAUGCCCACACAGUGAAGAGGAAGUUACAGGUUGCCCUUAAUGUCCCAACAGAGGAAAGCUCAUUGAUUUGUGGUGAUACAGUGUUGAAGAACGAUCUGAGUGUUGUUAGAAAUGAUUCUCCACUUCUUCUUGCCAGGAACUUCUUGCACAGAAGCUCGUCUACACCUUGUCUCUCACCCACUAUGAGAGGUGAUCUUCAGCAGAGGGAUCAGGGUGGCCCUAUUGAGUUAUUAGGGUGCUCAAAUCAAUCUUCUACAAUGAAAAAACUGGUUGAGGACAUUGUGAAGGCAAUAAAAGCUGGUGUUGAUCCGAUUCCCAUUCGUAGUGGGCUUGGAGGUGCUUAUUAUUUUAGAAAUUCCCUCAGUGAAAAUGUUGCUAUUGUGAAACCAACUGAUGAGGAACCUUAUGCCCCAAACAACCCAAAAGGUUUUGUAGGUAAAACCCUUGGGCAAUCUGGUCUGAAACGUAUGGUGCGGGUUGGAGAGACGGGAUUUAGAGAAGUUGCGGCUUACCUUCUUGACCGUGGCUAUUUUGCCAAUGUGCCCUCUACUGCCCUUGUGAAGAUCACACAUUCGGUUUUUAAUGUUAAUGAUGAGGUGAAUCGUUAUUGUAUGCAACUAAAUAGGAAGCAGGUCAGCAAGAUAGCAUCUCUUCAGCAGUUUAUUCCUCAUGAUUUUGAUGCUAGUGAUUAUGGUACUUCUAGUUUCCCUGUUGCUGCUGUGCACAGGAUAGGAAUUUUAGAUAUCCGAACUUUAAACACAGACAGACAUGCAGGAAACCUUCUUGUUAGGAAGCUUGAUGCGGUGGGGAGUUUAGGUCAGGUGGAGCUUGUUCCCAUUGAUCAUGGCCUUUGCUUACCCGAGAGCUUGGAGGACCCAUACUUUGAGUGGAUCCAUUGGCCCCAGGCAUCAAUCCCUUUCUCUGAGGAUGAGCUUGAGUACAUAGAUCAUCUUGACCCGUUCUCGGAUUCUGAAAUGCUUAGAAUGGAGCUGCCCAUGAUUCGAGAGGCAUGUCUUAGGGUCUUGGUCCUUUGCACAACUUUCCUCAAGCAAGCAGCAGUUUUUGGUCUCUGUCUUGCUGAAAUUGGUGAGAUGAUGAGUAGGGAGUUUCGGGGCCACGAGGAGGAGCCAAGUGUGCUUGAGCUAAUAUGCAUGGAGGCCAGGAAACUGUUAGAAGAGGGGGAGACAUCAACUUCUGAGGUGAAAGCAGGAGAAAAGGAUGAGUUUCAAUUUGACAUAGAUUACGAGGAAGAGGGUUUGGGAUUAGCUUCAAAUAUGGAAGAGAAACUGACUACUGAAACAACAUUUCAUUUGGGAUCAAUGGGCGGGAAUGACCAAAAUAUACUCUAUAAGUUAGAUGAGAGUGUUGAAGAAGAGGAGGUGGCAGAUUUUGAUGGGAAUGAAUCACCUCAAAAGGGAGAUGAACAUGCUGGCCUUAUGUGGGACAGGAAUCUAAAUUUUUCAAAGGUGUCGUUGUCUAUGAAAAACAUCAGUGUUGGUGAGAAGAGCUGGCGACACCCGGGUGGAGUAAAAAAAUGCGGGUAUUUGGCUGGUACAUCAUCUGGAAACAGGAGUGUGAAUGAGCAGCUGCCUGCAAGCAGUAGUUUCAUAAAGUUGGCAGAUAUGAGUGAAGAGGAGUGGUUGCAAUUUCUUGAGAAUUUCCACAGGUUGCUUUACCCGGCUUUUGCUAAUCACAAAUCAGGUAGUCUCGGUCAAAGGCAAAGACAGAGACUUGGGACAUCUUGUCAGUUUUGAGGCAUUUUAUGAGAUCAAAAAGUAUGGGAAUAUGGUAGAAUUACAUUGCUUAGAAUGAUAAGGGAGCCUAAGAGCUCCAUGGUAGACUUCUUGUCAGAUAAAUAAAACUCUUGACGUUGGCUAAUGCAAGUGUGUGCAUUGGCUAAUGGAAAUGAAGAACACGCCAUAUGGCUGGUGUAUAAAUUUUUUUCCACUGUUGGUUAGA